CUCUUUCUUUUCCUUUUACCUUAUUUUCUCGAAGAACCCUUCGCUCACUUUAUAAGCUAUGGGAUUAUUAGACGAAUUUCGCUCCAAAAACUUCUCUCUAUAUGGACAAGUAUUCGGUAUCAUCUCAAUUAUACUCCUCAUUGCCCUUGGUAUUGUGACUUUCUUGAGCCAUGUUGUCUUCAGUAUCGUCGGAUGGGUCAUCGCCUUUAUCUUGAUUCUUGUGGAAGUACCUUUGUGUAUGAGGAUGUGCCCCACCAACGACAAGUUCGAUACAUUUAUACGCUACUUUGAAAACACAUUGUUCCGUGCCAUCAUGUACCUGUGUUUCGCCGUUGUGAUGUUCCUUUCCUCUCUCCUCAACACUGGACCGCUCAUUGCCGCUGGUGUCAGUCUUCUCCUUGCUGCUCUUUGCUAUGUGCUACUGUAGGUUUCGCUACCGUCAAGGGCCAAGGAUUUGCUAGCUCUUCCAUGCUUGGUGGUACCGGUGUCGAUAACGUUGUUUAAGUCGUUAAGAAAGGGAGUCUUGAUUCCUAUUGUGGAAAGGGAAACGUUUUAUUCGCACUCCAGUCGAUGUAUUUU